AUGGGGAUGAACGUCUGUCCUGCCUUUCCCCUCUGCUGGCAGCACCCAAGUGGUAGAUACGACAGCCUGUGUCUUUUCUUCUUCUACAGCUUUGGGGAAACAUUUCACGGGGAGGUUGUUCAAGAAAGCAAGAUGACGGCGACGACGCCUCCCCCAGGCUGCGGCAGCCUCGAUGCUGACUAUUACCUGCUCUGUGACAUGGAGAAUGCCUGGGGGAUUGUCCUGGAGUCUCUGGCUGCAGCUGGUGUCCUCGUCACCAUUUUCCUUAUCUGCUCGCUCUUCUUUCUCAUCUGUAAAGUCCAAGACAGUAGCAAGCGGCACAUGAUCUCCAUCUAUUUCUUCUUUCUCUUAGGCACGCUCGGCAUUUUUGGUCUCACUUUUGCCUUCAUCAUUAAACUCAAUAACAGGACUCGCCCCACUCGCUUCUUCCUAUUUGGAGUCAUCUUUGCUCUCUGCUUCUCAUGCCUCCUCACCCAUGCCUGCAACCUCAACAAACUAGUGAGAGGAAGAAAACCCUUCUCCUGGCUGGUGUUGCUGCUCCUUAUUGUUUCCUUUGCCCUUGUACAAGUUGUGAUCAGCAUUGAGUACUUAGUCACCAUGCUAGUAAACCAGAAACAGAGAUUUCUGAACAUGUCUGCGGAGGAGACCAACAAGGACUUUGUCAUGCUUUUGAUCUACGUGCUCUUCUUGAUGGCUCUGACCUUCUUGGUUUCCAUGUUCACAUUCUGUGGGUCAUACAAAAGCUGGAAGAGGCAUGGGGCGCACAUCUUUGUCACUGUCCUGUUCUCCAUUGCCAUUUGGGUAGUGUGGAUCACUAUGCUCACAAAAGGCAAGACAGUUUUAAAGAAACCUAGCUGGGAUGAUCCUAUCGUGGCCAUUGCUCUGGUAUCCAAUGGAUGGAUCUUCCUGAUAAUGUAUAUUGUCCCUGAAAUUUGUUUCCUCACCGCCCCUCUGAAGCUGGGGGACUACCCUCCAGAAAAUGACUUCUGCCAACCCAGGUUCAUGAAGCAGACAACUGGAGUGGACAACCGUGCCUACACCCAGGAAGAAAUUGUGCAAGGAGAUACAGGAGACCUCAGCUACUCCCCAUACUCUUCUCACUUUCAGAUGAAGACCAUCGAACCCCCAAAUGAUUUCUCCAUUCCUCGGGCCACGGCCAGGACAAGCCCAUACCAUGACUACACCGGUGGGAAAGGCCCCAUGUAG